AUGGUAAAAGUGGAAACGGAUAGCGCUACUGGGAGGCAAAUUCUAGUAAGAACAACUGAGGAUAAUAGAGAGGGUUUUAGUUUUGUUGAAGUGAUUGAUAGAGUUGAUUCAUUGCCUUCAGAUUUUGAACUCAAUGAGCAAUUUAGGAAAAAUGUUUUCUAUAUGACUACUCAUGACGGUGUCAAAGUCGGAUUUGUUAAUCGUGGAAUUCUAGAAGAAAUACAAAGGGUUGCAAACGAAGAAUUGCUAGAAUUGUUUGAAAUAAAGGAAGCUGAAAAUAUACUACAGUUUAAGUAUAACUUAGAUUUUGAUAGCAGAAAUACUAGAUUGGAUGAGUUAGGGUUAAAAUUACGAGAUAAAUCAAAGUUGCAAGGAGUGAAAGGUUGGAGAAAUGAAAAAUAUGCUGUGUGGGUAGGUAAGAAGCCAUAUGUUUUGGUGGAGAGAGCUCUCUCUGGUGUUUUAGGUAUUAUUACAUACGGUGUACAUGUUAACGGUUACAUGUUCGAUGAACACACCCAAGAGAUAAAGUUUUGGAUUCCACGACGCUCAAAAGAUAAACCUACUUGGCCAUAUCUUCUAGAUAAUGUAAUUGCGGGAGGAUUGGGUUAUCCUUAUGGUAUUGAAGAGACUCUGUAUAAAGAGAGUAUAGAAGAAGCGAAUCUUGAUAAAGAGUCAAUUCAAAAGAAUAUUAGGGCAGGAGGUGUUGUUUCAUACUUUUACUUUCCAAAAGGAAAUAUUAGGGAUAACUUCUAUAACGAAUCAUCCGCUAUUGUUGGAGAGGUAGAAUAUAUAUAUGAUUUGAGAUUUGACUCCAAUAUGAAACCCUCACCUAAUGAUGGGGAGGUCGACAGUUUCAAUUUACUGGAUUUACAGCAAACCAUAGAUGCCUUAGUUAAUAAUGAAUUCAAGCCAAACUGUGGGCUCAUUAUGCUUGAAUUCCUAAUCAGAUAUGGAUAUAUCAAUGCAGAAAACGAACCUAAUUACUUGAAAAUCAUCAAUAGAAUGCAUAGGAGUUUUCCAUUUCCUACGCUAAACUAA